AUGAGCUUCCUUGUCUACGACGAUGUACAAUGCACGACGCCAUGGCAGCUCAGGCAGAGUCUUGUGGAUGCAGCUUCGGUGACAUACACAUACCAUGAUGGGGGGCCAUUGGCUGCUGUAUGGGGCUGGGUGGCUGCCUCCCUGGCGAACCUCCUCAUGGCCACUGCCAUUGCAGAGUUGGUGUCAGCCUACCCCGUUGCUGGCGGCUCCUAUGUCUGGUGCCUGGAGUUGACCGAUAACAAGCCCGAGUGGACGCUGCUUGCCUGGGUGACAGGAUGGCUCAACAUUGUGGGUCAGUUUGCCAUGACGGCGGUGAAUGCAUACUUUACAUCCAAGCUCAUCACAACCAUCUGGCUCCUGGCGGGAGGGCGUCACUCGACAAACUUUGAUGUCUUCCUCAUCUAUUCCAUUUGCCUGCUGCUGUCCGGAGUGGUGGCAUCUUCUCCGACAGAUGCCCUGCGAGUGUUUGCCACGUAUUCUGGGGCGUUUCUGGUGACAGCUGGCGCGUUAGUCAUCGUCGUCCUGCCCAUGCUGGCGCCCUCUCUGCAGCCCGCCAGCUUUGUGUUUCUCGGCGCCCCCGAGACCCAGUUCGACAGUGUUUCCAUCAGCACGUACAUGUUCCUGAUGGCUCUGCCAAAGGUCAACUUUGCUUAUAUCACGCCACAGACGCCGACCUUCUUAGCAGAGGAAACAAGGCAUGCAGCGAAGGUGGCUCCACAGGCGAUCAUCUGGUCUGUGGUCACUUCUGCAUUCCUGGGAUCCUGUUUCCUGCUCUGCGUCCUCUUCUGCGUCCAAGAUCCCAGCACGCUGCUCACUGGGGAAGCGAACGGCUAUCUUGUGGCGCAAGUCUUCUAUGAUGUGUUCAAGGGGCGAUUUGGGACCCCAGUGGGCGGCAUCAUAUGUCUUGGGCUGCUGCUUCUGAUGGCGCUGAAUGCCACGGUCAUUAGCAUGGCCAUCAAUGCAAGGGCGCUGUGGGCGUUCUCGCGUGAUGGUGGCCUGCCGCUUCACAAGGUCUGGGCGGCGGUUAAUGGCUCGUCAGGUACGCCGGUGAACGCCGUCUGGGCCAUGACUGCAGCGGCGUUCCUGCUGGGCCUGCCUAUUUUGGCCUUCCCUGACACCCUGGCAUGCAAUGCUGUCGGCAUCGCAUGCGUCGGACUCAACAUCAGCUAUGGUAUUCCCAUGCUCCUGCGCAUCAUCCACCCCGGCAACUUCGAGCCAGGACCCUUUAACCUAGCCAGGCUCCAACCCUACCUCAAUGUCCUCGCCCUGGCUCUCAUGGUAGUCAUUUCGGUGGCUUUUGUCAUGCCUUUGCACAUCCCAAUCAAUGGCAACAAUCUCAACUGGGCGAUCAUUCCAGUGGCGCUCACAGCGGUACUCGCGUUUCUACUCUGGCACGGCCCGAAACCCGGCGCGGCGGCCGAUUACCGGGGCAGCGCACGCCUUCGAGACCGGCGCCUCAUGCGCGCGUGCACGUGCGAGGGCGUUCCCUCUGCCGCCGUGACGCCGCGGCGCGUAACGGAAAUUACGGCCCGGAACGCGCCGCGGCCCGUAACGCAGAUAAUGGCGGGUAACGUUCCGCGGCGCGUAACUUCUGCUCCGCCGCCCAAUCUGCGGCAGGAGAUAAUGUACCGAGUGCCCUAA